AUUGACUCUCGCUCCCAUUCUGCUGCCCGUUUUCUAUCACACCCUCUGCGGCUCUUUUUUCUUUCUUUUCUUUCUUUUCUCUUUUUCUUUUUACUGCCUUUUGCUCUCCCUCCCUCUACCCUCUCUCUGUCUCUCAUUUUUUGUCAGUUUUCAUUUUACAUCUACAGCAUCUUUUCAUACCAUACAAUCGACCCAUUGACCCUACCACACAAUCGACCCAUUGACCCUAUCACACAAUAGUCCGUCGUAUCCGUCUCAGUCCAUCUAGUGCCAAUUGCCAAUAAGCUUCCCUCUACACAUCACAGCUCUAUCCUCCUCCCGACAAUGGCCCCUCCGAAGUCGCCUCCAACCACAACGCCUACGGGAUACUCCAAUAGCCACUCGAAUAUGGCCUCAGCAUCCCCCUCAACAGCGGCCACAGGCCCUCACUCACAUUUAUCCCACCCGACCAAUGCAAGUUCAUCCUCGAAACCAACUGCAGCCAAGAAGCGGUCCCAUACCGGCUCAGAAAAGAAGCGGAGGAAGGAAGGUGCUGGCGACGACGCCGAGACGGGUGAGAAGAAGGUUCAAGUGAGCUCUUGUGAUACUUGCAAGGGGGGCCAUCGUAGGUGUAAUGGACUCGAGCCAUGUAUGUCCUGCGAAACAGCAUCAAUACCUUGCACCUACGACACUCUGAGUCCUACCAAGAAAAGGGCCCAUGAUGCCUACGUUUUAAUGAAGAAGAAAGAACAAGCACAGCGUCUCAAGGGCGCAGAAGUGAUAGUAGCCAGGCUCGGGCAGCUUGACAUUGCUGGCACCAACAACAAUUUUGGCCCUAUCCUGUCGCAAGUCAUCAAUCUGCCGCGAUACGAGCCUCCGCCAUCAGAUUUCAAAAAUGAUCGGGAGCUGAUCUUGGAAAUUGACCUCGCUAAGGAACUCCUGAUCGACUGCUACUUCAAACACUUCAAUUACUACAUUCCCAUUCUGAACCGCAAGGCCUUCAUGGAGCAGUUGAAGGAUCGGGAGCAGCUUGAAACCGUAGAGGUGCAAAAGCUGUUGGCCUGCGUCCUGGCGACCGGAUUUGCAUUUCGACAAGAGAUUGGCGAUCCGAGCGUCAUUAACCACAUGGAGCCCAACUACGGCACAGGCAUGUGCCGCAAGUUCCACCACUUCAAUGCUCAGGACGUGUUUAAUUCCUCGAUCGUGAAUUGCCAGUGCUAUCUCAUCUUGACCGGGUUCUACUCAUCCAUCACCAACUAUGAUGCAGUCCACAAUCUCGUCGCCCUUGCCCACUCCAUAUCCGCAGCGCAAGGCCUGAACCGUAAGAAGGGUAUUUACUACCAACUGUCGGACAAAGGCAGCAAGGAGAAUACUGCGGACACGAUUGAGGUGGGUCACAGAGUCUUUUGGUCCGUGGUGAUCGUUUGUUCCGGUUACUCUCUCGGUCAUCAGUCACCCUUUAUCACCUCGAACGACUACGACAUUCCAUAUCCCCAGAGACAGCCUUCGGACACCCAUCCAGAUUUCCAGGGUUACAUGCAAGACGACUUUGAAGGCAUCAAGGACUUGGGUCACUUCGUGCCCCUGUAUGAGAUUUCCUCCAGGAUCGCAGAUAUUACCUGCACAGCUACCAAGCAGCGCCCUCACACCAAGGUUGACGAGGUCCGUGGAAUGCUGGAGGAGUGGCGCAAAUCGACUUUACCGGAAGAGCUCCGCAUUACUCCAUAUGAUAUGAUGGCAAUUCAGAGACAGUCGAAGUUCUCCAAAUUCUACCACGCCAUCAGCUACAUGUUCGAAAUCUCUCUGCACCACACCUUUCAACUACAUGAAAGUCAUCGCGAGAUGGGGGUACAUGGAAUUUGGAGUGGCUAUUGUUACGAUGCCGCGGUUGGAAUCAAGAACAUUUACAGCACACGCCCAAUGACACGUAUGAACUCGCAUGUCAUUCUACCCGUCGCGGCAGGAGCGUUCGCCAACAUUGUUGCAAGCAAGCUUCUUGGAAAGGAGGAGAGUGCACAGCGCUACUGCAACGAGAUCAAGGUGAUGCUUUCAGGAAUCGUGAGAGCAUCCACAAGUACGGAGCGUAUAAAGCUGAUGAACUUUGUGGUUCACGGCUACGACAAUGUGACCCAGAACGCAGAAGGCGAGGUUACGCCGUUUACCAUCGAGACCCCUAAUACGCCACCCUCGAAUGAGUCGUCUCCAUCUCAGACAACGACCAGCUCACCCGCACAGACAACAGACGUUACCGCAAACUCGGACACGUACAGCUCAGGCGAAGAAGAGAUGGAAGAUGAGCAGACGAGCGAGGCAGACGAGACUGACGAGAUCAUUGAGCAGGACAAGCGAAUGUCAGCAUAUUUCGUCCCUUCCAGCGGUCAGCAAGAAUUUAUGCAGCAGAGCCAGGCCGACAGUAUCAGACAACAGCAACAGCAUCAAUCUCAGCAACAAUCGCAAUCUCAGGCCCAACAUCACUCAAAUCUUGGCAUAUCACCACACACACAAUCCAAUCCCUCGAUCUAUCCUUUGAGUGAACAGGUGUCUCAUGAGCAGCAACAUCAGCACCAACAGCUGCAGCAUCAACGCUCCAUGGUGGAAACCAAGUAUGGGCCAUCUGGAUACAGCGAAAUGGUCCCUGCUUCAUCACAGGGCCCUGCUUCUGCUGGAUCCUACUCUAAUGCGGGGUUUUCUCCAGGAUUCUCGUCGCCAUAUGGAGAAGAUAACAGCGAGGAGUACUCGUAUGCGAAUCGAGCUCAGCUCCAACACCGAGGUCCAAAUGCUUCACCACUUACGACUACCGACAGCGGAUUUGCCAGCACCCAUAGCCAAGCUAUUGACCAAGACGCCUAUUUUGCCCAGCGCCACCAACAGAAUGUUCGUCAGCACCAAUCCUUUAACGCGUGUCAAUCCAUGGACGGCGGCGAAGCGUCUCAGCCUCACCAACACCCUCUCAACUCCGCCGUCUUAUCCGCGAGUCUGGACAAUGGCCUUAGCAAUCUAGUGCAAGGAUGGAGACCGGCUCAAGAGCAGCGGAACGAUGCACAUCGCAGCAAGUUACAUGAGUACCAACCCUUCAUGACAACACGCAACUUGACGCAGGAGGAAGUCCAGAACCUUGAUUACAAACUGCAACAAGAGAUCAAUCAGUUCGCCUCAGCACCGUCUUCAUCUUCAUCGCAGCACUUUACGGGAGGAUACAGCAGCCAAGACCAACAUUUGCUCCAGUAUCAACAGCAUCAACAACAGCAACAGUCUGGUUAUUCUAGCACCGACAUUUCUAUUUCGGCAUCUUUGAGCGACUCCAGGCUUCUAUCAGGAGGAUUCGAAGGCGCAGAAUCUAUGACGGGCUUACCGAGCUCCAUCAACAGUUUCGGAUUCACUCCGGAAGAUUUGAUGCAGGACCCUCAGCAGCGGUUUUACAACCUAAUGGCAAUGCCCAUGGCAUCGAGCUCGGCCAAAUCGUUUUCCGACCCGCCUGACCUCAGCUCUUCAGCAACACCUUCAAACCAGCAACAUCAACAACAGCAGUCCAUGAACAUCCGAAUUCAAAACGGCAGCUCAACGUUUGACGAUGUGAUGGGGUACCAGCAGCAGCAGCAGCAACAAGGAGAUAUUCAUGGAGAGCUGGCGAACCAGGUCUUACAGAUGCCUUCGUACCCCGAUUCUGAGCAGAACACAUUGAUGCUUGAGGCUCUCCGUAGAGCUGGAGCAUUGUUUGAUCCAAAUAUUGGUUUUGGCAUUAGUCCUGGAGGCGUUGACAUUAUGGAGCCAGAGUUUGAAAACACUGAUAGCCACGGUGGCGGCACCGGUGCAGAAAGCUUAAUCAGCUAUUUGAACGACCCCGACCAGGCCGUAAGGCGGCAGCUCUUUUCGAGCGUCGCAAGCAGAAACCUGCUCAUGCAGCAAAAUUCAUCACAACCACAACAACAGCUGCAUCAACGCCCUGUCUCAUACCACCAGCAUCAAGCACGGUGAACCAUGACAACCGCGCCCUUCACUUGCACAUAUUUCGACAAUUUUUCCUUUACAAUAAAUUAGAACUAUGUAAAGUAUUUUGUUUCAUGUUCC